AAGCAGGAGGCGGCCGUCUUCGAUGCUGUGCUGGUGUGCACUGGGCACCACAGUGAAGCGCACCUCCCGCUGAGCACUUUCCCAGGAAUCGAGAAGUUCAAGGGCCGCUACCUCCACAGCCGAGACUACAAGGACGCUCAGGAUUUCACGGACAAGAAUGUCGUUGUCAUCGGGAUUGGGAAUUCGGGGUCAGACCUGGCCGUGGAGAUCAGCCAAACAGCCAAGCAGGUCUUCCUCAGCACCCGCCGGGGCGCAUGGGUCUUCAACCGCGUCGGAGAUCAGGGCUACCCCAUUGACAUCGUCUUCACCACCCGCGUGAAGACAUUCCUGCAGAAGCUGCUGAGCCCAAACGUGGUGAGCAACCUCACGGAGAAGCAGCUGAACGCCAGGUUCGACCACUCGCACUACGGCCUGAAGCCAAAGCACAG